CCACAACACCACUCUCACAACAUCCCCUUCUCUUUCGCUAUCUCUCUUCUUCCUUCUCUCCCAAUUAAAACUUCUCUGUCGUUUUCUCAUAAACCUCAACUUAUAAUGCCGUCUGAACCAAACCAGACCCGACCCACCAGAGUUCAUGCUUCAACGGCGGCUUACCCACCGCCAAAUCUGGCCGAGCCUCUCCCCUGUCCUCGCUGCAAUUCCAACACCACCAAGUUUUGUUACUACAACAACUACAACCUCGCUCAGCCUCGUUACUUCUGCAAAUCUUGCCGCCGUUACUGGACUCAAGGUGGUACACUCCGUGACGUCCCCGUCGGCGGUGGAACUCGCCGUAGCUCCUCGAAACGCCACCGCUCUUUCUCCUCCACCGCAACCUCCUCUUCUUCUUCCUCUUCCGUCAUCACCACAACGACACAAGAACCAGCCACGACUGAAGCGAGCCAGACGAAGGGUAGUAGUAGUAGUAGUAACGUAAUCUCAGGUCAUGGAGGAUUUGCUUCUCUGUUGGGUUUAGGAAGUGGAAGCGGCGGGUCGGACUACGAGUUCGGGUACGGUUCCGGGUACGGGCUUGAGGAGAUGAGUCUUGGCUACCUUGGAGGUUCCACCGGAGGAGGAGGAGAGAUUCCGGUGGUGGACGUUGGCAGUGACACGUGGCGGUUGGGGGAGGUUGAAGGUAAAAGUGGAGGAGGAGACAGUUUGAUAUGGCCUGGUCUUGAGAUCUCAAUGCAAAGCAACCAUGUUAAGUGAAAGUGAAACCGUUUCUGAAUCCUUGUCUUCUUCCUCUGUUCUGUUCUUUGUUUGUUUCUCUUUUGGAUUUUUCUGUUUGUUUUUUUUUUUUUUGUAUGUCCUAGAAAGAAGAGCAAAAGAACACAAAUUGAAGCAAAAUGUUUUUUUUUUUCUUUUUUAGUUUUUGAGGUCCAACAAUGGUGGUGGUAUGUAAAUCCUCUGUUUCUCUGACGAACAUAUUGGAAUGGACUUUUAAGUUAUAAAAAAAAAGCUUUUUUUG